AUGGGGAAUAAAAGAAAGACAAAAGGAAAACUGUUUCUGUUGUGGCUUUUGCAUCUUUACGAGCCCACCAGCUACUCGGACACCCGGGGUGUCUACGCGCGGGACAGUUCAAUCAUCUCGGAUGCCCCCGAUCGGCCCUUCUGUCGGCGGCGCAAGGGGGCCGGGGCUGGGAGCCCCGAGGCCCGCAGUGACCCCGGACUCGGACCGCAACAACAGCAGCAGUGUAUCAACACCAGCAGCAAUAGCAGCAGUGCAUCAACAACAGCAGCAGCAGUAGCAACAACAGCAGCAAUAGCAAAAGCAGCUACAACCGCAGCAACAGCAAUAGCAACAACAGCAGCAACAACAACAACAGCAGUGCAUCAACACCAGCAGCAACAGCAGCAGUGCGUCAACACCAGCUGCAACAGUAGCAACAACAGCAAAAACAGCAGCAGUGCAACAACAGCAGCAGUAGCAACAGUAACAGCAGUAACAACAUUAACAGCAGAAACAGCGGCAGCGCAUCAACACCAGCAGCAGCGCAACAAAAUCAGCAGCAGCGCAUCAACACCAACAGCAACGACAGCGGCAGCGCAACAACAUCAUCAUCAGCAGCAGCAGCAAUGGUAG